GGAACUUUUUUUUACUUUACCAUAAUGCAUAUCCUCGAAUUGAUUCUGGAUGGGUUCAAGUCUUACCCAGUUCGGACGACAAUCAGUGGAUUCGAUCCUUCAUUCAAUGCAGUCACUGGAUUAAACGGUUCAGGAAAAUCCAAUAUCCUCGAUGCAAUUUGCUUCGUAUUAGGAAUCACAAACUUAUCAGCUGUUCGUGCUACAAAUCUACAAGAUUUGAUUUAUAAACGUGGUCAAGCUGGAGUCACAAAAGCUAGUGUUACGGUUGUGUUCGAUAAUCGAGAUAAGACGAAGGCACCCGUUGGAUUUGAGCAAUAUGCAGAAGUCACGGUCACUCGGCAGAUAUUGAUGGGAGGCGCUACCAAAUACCUCAUCAAUGGUCAUCGCUCGACUCAAAAUUCCGUUCAAAACCUAUUCCAAUCUGUUCAAUUGAAUAUCAACAAUCCCAACUUUCUCAUCAUGCAGGGUAAAAUUACAAAAGUAUUGAAUAUGAAACCUCAGGAAAUCUUGGGUAUGAUUGAGGAAGCAGCUGGAACAAGUAUGUUUGAAGAAAGGAAAGAUAAGGCUGUAAAGACAAUGGCAAAGAAAGACAAGAAGAUGGAAGAGAUUCAGGAGUUAUUGAGAGAGGAAAUCGAACCAAAAUUGAAUCGUUUACGUGAAGAGAAGAGAACCUACCUGGCUUUCCAACAGAACGAAGCUGAACUUGAAAUUUUGACCAGAUUAUGUAUUGCUUGGGAUCAUUCUCAGGCCACGAGAAGACUGAAAGAUAUUGUAACUCAGAUGGAUGCCAAAACGGAUGAAAUCCAGACCAUCGAAGAGUCUCGUACACAGUAUCAUCAGGAAAUCAAGACGAUGGAAGACGAAUCAACUCGGAUCAAACGUCGAAUGGAGGCAGAGUCAAAGAAAGGCGGCAAAGUUGAGAAGAUGGAAAAUCGUUUGAAAGAGAUUGCGACCGAUCUUGCUCGUCUCAAGACUCAAGUUGAACUCAGUCAAAACACACUUAAGGACGAACAAGGAAAGCUGAAAGACCUAACUAAGGCUGAACGCGAUCUCACAAUACAAUUGGACGAAAAAAAGACAGCUGGAACCGAAAUCAAAAGCAAAUUUGCGGAUCUGAAGUCUGAGUUCGAUCUUUCCUCGGCUGAUCUCAAGAAGGCAGAGGAAUUGCUACAAACACUGGUCACUGGCUUGACCACCGAUGAAUCUGAAGGUGCGAAUGCCGGCGGAUAUAUGGGUCAACUAGCUGAAGCUCGCCAACAGUCUGCUGACCUGGCCUCCGAAGCUGAACAAGCUAAAGCCAAAAUCGGCCGUUUGAACAUUGAACUGAAGGAAAAAGAACCAAGACUAGAGAAUGCCAAAGCCCAGAAGGCCAAACUCGAAAUGGCAAUGGAAAAGAUGGGUUGGGAUGAGAAUAUUGAAGUUCAGUUACGUACACGGCGUUCGACCGAGCUAGAUCACGUUCGCCAGCUUUCAGAGCAGGUGCGGCAGAUCAGGGGAAGACUUUCUCAGCUAGACUUUACAUAUUCCGAUCCGGUCAAAAACUUUGACCGCCGCAAGGUCAAGGGGUUGGUAGCACAAUUGAUUACCGUCGACCCAUCGAGUUUCACUCAUUCAACUGCUCUCGAAGUUUGUGCUGGUGGUCGCCUUUACAACGUCGUUGUUGAAGACAACGUGACUGCAUCUCAGAUUCUUGAUGGAGGUCGCCUGGCUCGCAAAGUAACGAUGAUACCUUUAAACCAGAUCCGAGCCUUCGUCGCAUCUGCAGCCCAACUGACGGCAGCAUCUACUGCUUCGAAUGGCUCUGCCCAGCUGGCGCUCAACCUGAUUGGCUAUGACGACGAUGUCUCUAAAGCGAUGGAAUUCGUUUUUGGCAAUACGCUCAUCUGCCCUGAUGCUGAUACAGCCAAAACAGUCACCUUUAAUCGAAACGUCAAGAUGAAGAGCGUCACACUCGAUGGUGAUAUUUACGAUCCGUCAGGUACACUAUCCGGUGGCUCGAAGCCUUCGACUUCCGGAAUCCUAGUGAAAGUACAAGAGCUGAAAAAGGUUGAAGACGCACUGAAACACCAUCAAGCCAAUCUUGAUGCCAUUGAAACAGAAUGGCACGCUGCGAAGACCAAGAUGGCGACAUUCAAUCAGACAAAGAAAGACUUGGACUUGAAAACACACGAAAUCACUCUUCUUGAGGAACGGGUCAAGGAAAGCAAUGCCACACGAAUCAUAUCGGAGGUGACAGAAAUCAAAAGCACCUUGGCAGAGUUGAACAAAACUAUUGUGACCUGUAAAGAGAAGCAGAAAGCCUCUGAUGCUGAGUGCAAACGGCUCCAAAAGGAAAUGGACGAUUUCAAGAACAAUCGAGAUUCCAAGUUGAAGGAAAUCAAGGCUGAUAUUACUCGAAAGAAAGCCAACGUUAGCAAAACUGCAAGUACUGUAAAAGCUAUGCAGCGUGAUGUGCAAGGAAUUGACGCGGAACUGGAUGGGUUUAGAAAAGAAUUGGCAGCGAUGGAAAAGGCUAAAGAAGAGAUAUCGAAAGCGGUUGGACGAGUGGACUCAGAUAUUGCAGCCGUACAACACAAGUUGGAUUUAUUGGCACGGGAACGUAAAGGGGCGCAAGAUGUAAUUGACCGGAUUGAACACACGCACGAGUGGGUUGAGGGUGCCAAAAAAUUGUUUGGAGAAGCUGGAGGCGAAUUUGAUUUUUCUGUUCACCGAAUGAAAGAGAAAAAGGUACAACUUGAACGAUUAGAAGCUGAUCAACACAAACUUAAGAAAAAAGUUAAUCCGAAGGUCUUACAUAUGAUUGAUAGUGUUGAAAAGAGAGAGAAAGAUCUUAAAACGAUGCAUACGACUGUUAUAAAAGAUAAGGGGAAAAUUGAAGAAACAAUAGCUCGUCUAGAUGAAUAUAAACUUGAAGCUUUAACAAAAGCAUGGCAAAUCGUCAAUGGUGAAUUUGGACAAAUCUUUGACACACUCUUACCGGGUAAUUGGUGUGAGCUUCAACCGACAGAAGGAAAGACUAUUUCACAAGGUUUAGAAGUACGAGUUAGGUUGGGCUCGACAUGGAAGUCGAGCUUGACUGAGUUGAGUGGUGGUCAAAGAUCUUUGAUAGCGCUUUCUCUCAUUAUGAGCCUUUUGAAGACACAUCCUUCGCCGAUCUAUGUACUCGACGAGGUCGACGCUGCUUUGGAUCUACAGCAUACUCAGAACCUUGGUCUCCUAUUCAAACAUCGUUUCAAAGGCAGUCAAUUUAUUGUUGUCUCUUUGAAAGAAGGCCUAUUCACAAAUGCGAAUGUACUCUUCCGCACACGGUUCAGGGAUGGUACAUCUGUUGUUGAGCGAACCGUUUCUCGAUCUGCAUCUGCAUUGUAUGCCAAUGAUAAAGAGAAUGUGAAUGGUUCGGGUGACAAGAGUCGCAGGAGAUAG